AGCUCCUGGAGCUAAAGUCUGGAGAGAGAAAAAUGAGGGAUUAUCUAUAGGUUGUACAUCAAAGGGAAAGAAAGCAGGUAGCAGCAGCAAGGUUGCACAUUUCAUGGUGUGUAUAUCAUAUGGAAAGGGAGUGUAUUUUUGCGAACAGUAUGAUAAAAUGGACAGCCCAUAUUUCGCUGAUUUUGUAAAAAGGAACUUUAGAAAAUUGAUUCGAAACAGUUGCAACCCGUCAGGAAAAACGUUUUUACAAGACGGUGAUCCUUCCCAAAAUUCUGCUAUUGCCAGGGAAGCAAUGAAAAAACUUGGGGUACAAGUGCACAGCAUUCCUCCACUAAGUCUGGAUAUAAAUCCAUAUCAAUUUUGCAACGGUUGA